UGCUGCACCCGCGACUGCGAGAAUAACUAUUGCAGCAACUGAAGUGGUAACAAGUCAACAAGAUGCGCGUGACGCUCUCCCUUGCAGCAGUGCUGCUAGCUGCAGCUGCUUGCUGCAAUGCUGCAAUCUCCUGGGGCCCGGCGGCUAAGAAUCCAG